UGUGUCAAAAUUCUAACCUAUAAAUUAUUGAGGUUAGAAAAUUUAAAAUUGUUUUGACAUAGUGUUCGAUACCGGACUGUAACUUUGUUUUGAAUUUGAAAUUGUAUUUUAAUUAAUUUGGCAGUAUUAUGGCAGGUCCAAAGAAGAAGUCCAGAGCACCUUCCAAAUCUGAAUCCGAAGGAUCAAGUAACGAAGAGAGUGAUUCGGGAACUUACCAUGGACAGAAGGUAAUUCAUAUGAACCACGUGCAGGAAAUUCAAGCAACAUUUGAAGGACGGAAUCCCGAGGUACAAGAUUUUCAUGGUAUCAAGCAACUAUUAAAUCAGUUAUUCCUUAAAGCUCAUAUAGACCUUUCCCAAAUGAGUGAUUUACUUAUUGCACAACAUGGUGUAGGUUCCGUAUUGAAACAAAGCUAUGGUGACAGUGAUGAUGAGGAUGAAGAUGUUGAAAUGAGUGAUGAAAAAGACGUUUUUGGUAUUGCUAGUGUUGUCAAUUUGGGUUCACACAAGGAGACUCCAUGUGUGCAGCAAUUCUUUUCUUUGCUUGAAGAACUCAGCAAAAAACAUGCAGAUGAAUCCAUCCAAACUGAAAUUAGGAAAAUAGUUACAGAGCACAGUAGGCUAGGAUUUUUAGUAAAUGAACGCUUUGUUAAUAUUCCAGCUCAAAUAUCUGUACCUAUGUUAAAUUCCUUAAGCGAAGAAGUGGAUAGGAUGAAGAAAAAGGAUCCAUCAUAUGAUUUUGAGUACUACGUUAUGAUAUGUAAAACUUGUAGGUCCAAAGAUAAUAAAGAUGAAGUAAUUUUUACCAAUGACGAGGAAGAAAUAUUCUCUAAAGAUGCUGAUAUUGGCUUUGAGUUUAGUGUUGCCAAUGAAUCAGAUGUUGGAUUGGGGGGCAGGUGGUUGGCAGAAGAUAAGCAAGUUAUUCCUUACAGAAAAGUUAUAAUGUUUAAGGCCAGUAAACUGAAGAAUAUUAUUUCAAAAAUAGCGCUUUUUGUCAAACCAUAGAUGUUUUUAAAAGCAAAGUUGAAGAGCUACAAUGUUUAUUAUUUUUGCAAGUUGUUGUAACCUAUUUUUUAAUAAAUUGAUUUUAUACCA